AUGCGGCGGAAGGGAACGGAUUCCGCCGUCCAAAACGACGUCGCCGCGUACUUCUCCUUCAGGAAGAAGAUGCAGAAAACCGUGGCUAAAACCCUAAGAAACCUCAAAAAAUCGGAGACCGUGAUCAUCAGAAGCGGAUCGAGCCAUUCGGUAAAUGCGGACGGCGAUUUCGGCUUCUUCUUCAAGCAAUUAGCUGGAAUCACGAUCGCGAAUUUCAGGAGCGUGCUGUUGUUCUUGUCGUACCCGGCGGCGCGACCGGGCGGCUGGUCGCUGGUUUCGAAGCUGGUGGCGGCGAAAUCCGGAAUGGAGCGGAACGGUGUGAAUGAGGUUGAGAAUUUGGAUUUGGGGCUUCAAGGAAAAAUGAAGAGUGAUGUGCAGAAAAGGCUCCAAAUCGUUGAUGAAAUUAUUGAAGAAUUUGAGGGAGGAUUCGAGAGAUUGUUCAGGCAAUUGGUUCAAUCUAGGGUUACAUUGUUGAACAUUCUUACCGAUCAAUGA